CGCUUAAUUCAUUAGCGGCAGCCAUUUUAAGAAUUCAGAGGAGGUUUAGGCCUACGUCUCUUUUGCAGCUGGAAAAGAGCAGAGAUAUUAUCGUUUGAAAUCAAGUCCAGUUAAUAUAAAUAUUUUAUUUUUUGAGUAAAGAAUUUUAAAUAAAUAUCUAGCAUGGCUGAAGCUGAUAACAAACUUAAUAUUGAUACAAUUAUUCAACGUCUUUUAGAGGUACGUGGAUCAAGACCUGGAAAAAAUGUUCAACUUACUGAAGCAGAAAUUCGUGGACUUUGUUUGAAAUCUAGAGAACUAUUUCUCAGUCAGCCAAUAUUGCUUGAGUUAGAGGCACCCUUGAAAAUUUGUGGUGACAUCCACGGUCAAUACUAUGAUUUGUUGAGAUUAUUUGAAUAUGGUGGCUUCCCACCUGAAGCAAAUUACCUGUUCUUAGGCGAUUACGUUGACAGGGGUAAACAAUCAUUAGAAACAAUAUGCCUACUGCUGGCCUACAAAAUCAAGUAUCCUGAGAAUUUCUUCUUGCUUCGUGGCAAUCAUGAGUGUGCAAGCAUCAACAGAAUCUAUGGCUUCUACGAUGAAUGUAAAAGAAGAUAUAACAUCAAGUUAUGGAAAACAUUUACAGACUGCUUCAAUUGUUUGCCUAUAGCAGCCAUCAUAGAUGAGAAGAUUUUCUGCUGUCACGGAGGACUCUCGCCAGACUUGCAAUCAAUGGAACAAAUUCGAAGAAUCAUGAGGCCGACAGAUGUACCGGAUCAGGGGUUAUUGUGUGAUCUGCUAUGGUCUGACCCUGACAAGGAAACUGUAGGCUGGGGUGAAAAUGAUCGUGGAGUAUCCUUCACCUUUGGAAGCGAGAUUGUUGCGAAAUUCUUAAAUAAGCAUGAUUUGGACUUGAUAUGCAGGGCACAUCAGGUAAGGAUGAACAUAUAUUUUGUCUUACUAGUACUGUAUUACUUAGUAAUCAAUUAGUUAUAUUUGAAUGAA